AUGGAUGAUAUCGCGAGGACUGCCCAAUCAGUCCUGGAUCAUAUCGAGAGCAACAACCACGAAGUCGAUGGAUUCGAGCGCGGAUUCAUCAAGAAUGUGAAGAGAUUCGCACAGAAAGCUCAAAAGGGCGACGCUGAGGGCAUGAGCAAGGUGCUCACGGCCCUUGACACGAUUCACAAGCGACUCGAUGAUCUCGAAAAGUCUGUCUCGACAUCAACGACCACGCAACGUAUCAAUCCAUGA